CUGAGGAAGGAAGAGGAUGAUGGAAAGCGCGAGCAGCAGCAGCAACAGCAGCACCGUAGCAGCGGAGAUGGCUGGCCUCUCCUCCAAGUUCCACCUGUACGAGAACCCGGAGUUUGAUCGAGCGGAAGUUGACUCGUCUCAGCAGCACCGAGUCGCGUGUUUCGAAUCCAUCCCUGAGAGAAAUACCAUCGGCAGCUCCAGGGCCGCUCAGCUUAGAUCACUCGCGCCACCUUCCUUUGGAGCUCCUGGAGAAGAUGCGGCGUCCGAGGACGACACAGCCAGCCAGCACGCGAAGCUCAACACGGAGGUCGAAGCACCUGUCCGAGUCUUCUUGAAGUUCCAAAAUGUGGAAUAUAAAGUCCUGCUUCCCGCUCCAUCUCAGUCCCCCGGCGGUAAAACCAGCAGCAACGGUCACCACAAAUAUAUCCUGCAUGGAAUCACCGGCUCUGUCGCUCCAGGAGAAAUCCUGGCCAUGAUGGGACCGUCCGGCAGCGGGAAGACCACCUUGCUGAAGAUUCUAGGCGGUCGCUUGCUCAGAGAUGUGUCCGGGAGUGUCACCUUUAAUGAUGUUCCAUACGGUUCCUUCAUGAAGAAGAGAAUUGGCUUCGUCGCGCAGGAGGACAUCCUCUUCCCAUACCUCACAGUCCAGGAAUGUCUCGAGUUCACUGCCUUGUUGCGUCUUCCAAACACGAUGACCCGCUCGCAGAAGAUGUCCAAAGCUGAUAGAGUUCUCAAAGAUCUUGGCUUGGAAAGGUGCCGGCACACCAUCAUAGGAGGUCCAUUCAUUCCUGGAGUAUCUGGGGGCGAAAGAAAGAGGACCAGUAUAGGAUCGGAAAUACUGAUUGAUCCAUCAUUGCUGCUUUUGGACGAGCCAACAUCAGGACUGGAUUCUGCCACAGCUUUGAAAAUCCUGCAAGUUGUUGGGAACAUAGCACAAGCAGGAAGAACAAUCCUUACCACGAUCCACCAGCCAUCGAGCAGGCUGUUUCACAUGUUUGACAAGCUGAUAUUGAUAUCUGAGGGCCACACUAUUUACUCGGGUCCUGCCAGGGAAGUGAUGAGUUACUUUUCUUCGCUGCACUUUGUACCAGAGAUAACUAUGAACCCGGCGGAUUUCCUGUUGGAUUUGGCUGUAGGAGUGGUGCAUGAUAUCAGCAUCCCCGAAGAUAUAACUAACCGCAGUCCAGAGGAGGAAAAGCUAGAUAAUGCUGGUGCAAGAGUGAUCAACCACCUAAGAAUGAAAUACAAAACAGAACUGGAGCCAAAGGAGAAGCAGAAGAUAUGUACCUUGAAGGUUUCGAACAAUCUCAAGGAGAUGAUCCAAGCCAAACACGACUUCUCAUCAUCCUGGCCACUUCAGUUUAAAGUGCUGUUUAAAAGAACAUUCAAGGAGCGAGCUAGAGAUUACUUCGACUACAUCCGCUUCAUUCAAGUCAUUGGAGUAUCCAUAGUUCUCGGCUUGCUGUGGUGGCAAUCAAAGCUCGAUACCGAAAUCGACGUUCGAGACCAGGCCGGACUUAUAUUCUAUAUCGCCAUCUUCUGGUCCACUUCCGGGCUCUUCAGCUCGGUAUCCACGUUCCCUCUGGAGAGACCCUUUCUUAUCAAAGAGCUCGGGGCGGACAUGUACAGCUUAAGCGCCUUCUACGCAAGCAGCACCAUUUCGGACAUCAUAGCAGAGAUUAUAUAUCCCACCAUCUUCGUCAUAAUAGUGUACUUCAUGACAGGCCUUCAUCGCAGCCUAGAGAGUUUUAUGCUCACGCUGCUGUCCACUUACUUGUUAACGGUUGCAUCCCAGGGAGCCGGUGAUCUCUUGGGAGCUGCUGUAAUGGACGUCAAGAAAUCUGGAACUGUUGCAUCUUUAGUGCUGCUUCUUUUCCUGCUCGUUGGAGGCUACUACGUUCAGCACAUGCCCGUGUUCAUGAAGUGGAUUAAAUACGUCUCCUUCAUUUUCUAUGGGUACCGGCUCCUUUUAAAAACCCAGUAUUCACCAGAGCAGAAGUAUGACUGCAAGGACGCCAGAGGUUGUCAAAGACUUGGAACUUCCUCGGCCUUUUAUGGAGUAGAUCUGAACGGAGGUGUCAAAGAGGCUUGUAUCCUCAUCGCAAUGGCCAUACUGUAUCGAGUGUCUGCAUAUAUGUUUCUCCGGCGGAUAAGAACCAGUUUUUGAUAGAGAUAUAAACU